UCUCAAAAUGCUACAAAGAUACAGAAAUUGUAUCAAUUUAAAAGCUUUAAAAAGCUAACAUACAUAUAUAAAAAUCAUAUGAAAGUAGUCAAAGUAUGGGUAUAAAAGACACAUCAAAGACAGACCAUUCGUUUUUCUGAAACAGCUUUAUCUCCUCCAGACAGUGCAGAUACAAGUGAUCUGUUAUACUGUAUGUUAAUUGCCAUUGUAGUUUACCUCCUCUGCUGCAGGUGGCGCUGCAGGCAGCUACAACGUAAACACAGUUGUGGCUACAUAGAGGCGGCUAACACGGUGGCUAACACUGGUACAGAUUAGCUGGACAGUUGAAGAAAAGGACAUGGUUUCAUAUUUUUCGCUGUAUUGUUUUAACGAAUUAGAGCGUGACCACAACAGUUUUCGGUUACCGUUUUUAAUUUAAGACAAAGCUGACACAAGGUAACAUAGCUUAGCUUAGCUUCCGUCCGUUGUAAAAGUAUGAAUUCUCUGGUUGGAUACGGGACGUCAUCUGAAUCUGACAGUGAUGGGGAUGAGGACACCAGUGGAUUUGGAUCUGUUAAGGAGGCCUGUGAUGAGGCGACAUCUGUCCAAAAGACCCGCAACUUCUUGCUGGAGUCUGGUUCAGCAUCCAGUGAUUGUGGCAGUGAGUCAGCACCAGAGGAAGGGGAUCCUGAAUCCUCCUCGCUCCCACUACACCCCCUGCCAUCACCAGCAUCGUCUGCAGCCAGUCAACCCACGCUUCCUGCUCCUUCCCUGGGCUCACUCAAUAUUUACAAACUGCCUCCUCCUCCUCUGAAUGCCUGCUCCGACAGCAGUGUGUUUGCAAACCCUUUCAAAGCUCAGGCGGACCAGAAGCUCAGUGCCUUGCAGAAACAUGUUCCCUUAACAAUGCAAGCCAAACCCUCCCAGAUAGGAGGCAAACGUGUAUGUGUGUCAUACAGGAAAGACGGACGGUGCAGGUUCGGGAUCAAAUGCAAGUUUGCGCAUGACAGUGACCUACAGAUGCCAUUCACUGCCGCUGAUGGUCAUCAUCUUCAUUCUCCCAUGGGUGAAGAAGCACCACCAUCAGAACAUGAUGAGCCCCACACAAGUAGCUCAAGUGGAACUGGCUCCCAGAAGCCCACUGAGGAGGAAAAGUCAGGAGGGCAACAGGUGAAGAAGAGGAAAGUUGGACUGAGCAACACUUUGAUUCCUCCUAAACGAGCAAUGAAGCAGUAUGCCAUGCUCAGGGACAGAGAGCGGGUCAGUAUGUCCUAAUGGAACACUGUAAUAUGAAUAGUAUGUAGUGCAGCUGAGGUAUGUUCUCUCCGUAUGCGUGUCUGUAGACAUUGAUUUGUGCUGUCUGUUAGUGAAACAGUCACUAAAUCAAGCAAAUUACGUUAUAUCUGGCAGUAACUUUCAUUGUGUAAAUAAAUGUAAUGUAAAAAAACAUGUAAAAUAAAGACAUUUUAUCUUUGCACAAAUCCCAUGGGCAAUGAAUCCUUCUCAAAUAAGAAUUAAAUUGCAGUCUGUGCAAUUGACUAAUGGUGUUGUUCAAACUACUAUUUUAAUUAAAAUAAAUGGCUGAUUAAUAAA